UACGCUACUUUUAUUUUAAAGACGUGGUUUUGUAGAAACGGAAGUUAACGCAGUAAACGCGGUAUUGUUUGUGUUCUUACUUCAUUCGCUCACUUUAUAAAUCAGAUAUUACAGUUACUGAAUGAGCACAAUGGAGGAGCAUGAAUUAUUUCACAAACAGACUAUGUCUAUAAUGAUGCUUCUGAUAGAAACAGUCCUAGACGAGAUUCAGAAAGUUUUUGAAUGUGAAUGUCGCCCAUCUCACACUGAAAUUAGUGACAGAGAUCCGAUAUUGGACAUGCAUGAGAAACAACGCAGACUGGCAAAGCUCACAGCUGUGAUGGAGACCUUUACCAAGGUGGCUGUUCAAAAAAUAUGCAAAGUCUUCAGUUAUUGCUUUGCACUUAAGCCAUCCCAGUUGAAGGGUUUUAAAAGUUACAACGAUGAUGUAAUAAGUUUUAAAAAAAUGGUGAAGGAGCAUGUGAAGAGACCAGAACGAAAAAACUGUCAAGUUGUCCGAGAUGUGCCUGAUUCUGCAGCUGUAGCUCCGUCAGUGUCUCUGGAGAGCCAGAGACUGCUCACUGCGUCGCCUCAAGAAAAAACUGUUCAACCACAAGAUUCAGUUAAAGGCCAGGAGGAGGUUCAAGUUUCAGAAUUUUCUCCCGAGCUGUCAUUUUUUGUAGUUGAAUACAGUACCAUCGCUUCUGAUGAAGACCAGCAAGGUGAAGUCGACGCACAAGCGGAGCAAAUAAGUACAAAACCUGACAAAACCGGGAAGCCAAAACCGUAUGACUGCAAAGAGUGCGGAAAGAAAUAUUUCUUUAGACGCUCACUAGAUCGGCACAAAUGUGGACAUUUAAAAGGGCCUCACUGUUGCGAGCAGUGCGGGAAGAAGUUCAAAUACUUAAAAGGAUUGAGGAAACACCUACUGAAUCACACAGAGAAGAAAGGGAUCUGCAAGACAUGUGGGAAAGCCUUCGCGAAUCUUAAGAUGCACGAACGCGUCCACCUGGAUGUGAAGCCCUUUCUGUGUUCCACGUGUGGACACAGCUUCACGGUGAAAGGAAGUUUGCUGGCACACCAGAGGAUCCACACGGGUGAGAAACCGUACAGCUGCGAGGUCUGCGGGAAGCACUUCACGCACUCGAGCAACCUCGCCUGCCACCUGCUCACCCAUUCCAACGACAGGCCGUGGAAAUGCAGCCUCUGUGACAAGACCUUCAAAACCGAGAAGAAAAUGAGCGCGCACCAGCUCGUGCACACAGGAGAGAAACCCCAUGCGUGUAGCAAAUGUGGGCAGAAGUUCGGCCACGUCACUAAUCUCAGGAGGCAUCUCCUGGUGCACAGCGGGGUGAAGCGGCACGCCUGUGAAAUCUGUUCCAAGCAGUUUUAUCAGAGCAAGUCUCUGAAGAGGCACAUGGGAAUCCACGGGGCUCUGAAGUCGUUUAUGUGCGAAAUAUGCGGGAAGAGCUUUGUUUUUAACUAUGCCCUACAGAAACACUUACUCACACACAGCCAUAAAGCAGAUCUCAAUGGCAAAUCUAGAGAUGGCAAGUCUUUCCCGUGCAACGAAUGCGGAAAGCGCUACAGUUCGACCGCAAUGCUCAAAAUGCACCAGAGACUCCACACGGAGAAGGAUCCGUACACGUGCAAAGUCUGUGGCAAGAGCUACAGCAGCUUGUAUUCUCUGAAGGAACACCAGAAGCUUCAUUCGGGGGCGACGCCGUUCAAGUGCGACAUCUGCGACAAGACGUUCACCCAGAGAGUCGGUUUGAAAAUGCACGAGGUGGUCCACACCAAAGACAGGCCGUACAGGUGUCCUGUUUGCGGGAGCCAGUUCGGCCUCCCCCACGGCCUGAGACUGCACAUGCGCAUUCACUCCGGCGAAAAGCCGCACAAGUGCGAGACGUGCGGGCUGUGCUUUCGCUUGUCCGGAAACCUGAGGAGGCACGAGCGCAUCCACACCGGCGAGAGGCCGUUCAGCUGCGAGGUGUGUGGGAAGAAGUUCGUGCAGCUCAGCCACGUGAAGGCGCACAUGCAGAUCCACACCGGCGUCAAGCCCUAUACGUGCCAGAAGUGCGGGAAGAAGUACGCGUACCGCAGAAACUACAACGACCACAAAUGCAUACCUGUGCGUGAAAACGACGUCGCCUUAAAGCGUGCUGGGGACUGAAGUGCAGUGCAGUGCACUUUCAGACAGAUGUCAUGAAGGUUAAAGACAGUGUUUACGUUUGGUUUGGAAAGCUGGAUAAGCGGUAAUAAAAUUAAUAAUUGAGCCUGUCAAAUUAUUUAGAUUCAAAAUCAAUAGUACAGUGGGAAUCUUUCUGUACAUUGCACUCUGUUCAAGAAUAAACAGUUUGCCGAGAA